CUACAGAAAUUAGAAAGUUACAGUCAGUGAGAUUAUGCUGUGUGUUGUGUAGUGUUGAGUUGAUAAAAAUUUAAAAUUUUGUUGACAUUUUAUUAGUAAAAAUCAAAAUAUUGUGCAUUUAACGUAUGUUGUGUGCAUCGAAUACAGAAUUCAAACUUUAAUUUGGAAUACCUUCAGUGUAAUCAAUUUUAGUGCUGUGUUACCUUUCACAAAGAGAUUUUAUUUUACUUUAGCCGUGCGCAUUUUGCAAAGAACCUACAUUGAUUAUCUUGGUACACCAUCUGGAAUAAUACACACGUGGUAAAGGUGGACAAGUAUCACAGUAACUGGUAUGGGCGUGCGGUGAGGCUACGAGUGCUCCACAAAAAUGGCAGAAACCGAAAAGCAACAGAACGCGGGCGGCUCCAAUGCCGCACCGCAACACAGGAAAGGACACAGGAGACAAGAGUCGAUGUACGCGAUGACGGGACUUUACGCGGAGUCCGGGUGCACGGAGGGUGGCGACGGCGCGGGGCCGAGCGCGCCGCCGCCCCCGGCGCACCCAGCGCGCGACUCUACGAAGUGUCACAGCAGAAAUCCCUCCGCUGGCAUAUGCGACAGAGACCGCGAACGGGAGAGAGAAAAGGAGAAACCGCAUCAAUUGUUUCCAGAAAUAUUAGACAUUCCUCAUGACACAAGAGACUGUGGAAUCCUGUCAUGGAGACCGCUUUUUAUUCAAAAGUUUUCUAGUAUUAAAGUGUUCGUAUUUUUUCUUUCGUUCCUAGUAACGCUUCAACAAGCACUUAGCUCGGGCUAUAUAAAUUCUGUGAUCACAACAAUCGAAAAACGCUUUGAAAUACCAUCCAGCCUCUCGGGGCUCAUAGCGAGCAGCUACGAGAUCGGCAACGUUAUAACUGUCAUUUUCGUCUCCUAUCUCGGAAGCAGGAGACAUAUUCCAGUUUGGAUAGCAGUCGGUGCCGUCAUCAUGGGAAUCGGUUCUUUGGUAUUCGUCGUACCGCAUUUUAUUGCGGAAGUGAAUAGCGAAAUGAUGGCUAACAAUAAAUCCGAUGAUAACAUUUGUCGGUUACCGCGGGCCUUAGAGCAGGAUAUGGGUGGCCUCGGGAGACUCUCCCAAGGCCUUCCACCAAGCAAUCUUAGGCCAGAUAAUUGUAUCAAAAGUUCACCCAGCACAUUUAUGCCUGUUAUGGUGUUCGUGGUGGCGCAACUACUGCUGGGAUGCGGGGGAUCUCCGCUUCUGACUCUCGGCACUACUUACGUCGACGAUCACGUUCGACCUGAAUCUUCCAGCAUGUACAUCGGAUGUAUGUACAGCAUGGCUGCAUUUGGUCCAGUUCUUGGAUUUUUACUCGGUGCAUAUCUACUAUCAUUCCAUAUGGAUUCAUUCUCUGGAGCCAUUAUAUCAAUAGAUCCAGGCGACCAUCGAUGGGUUGGAAUGUGGUGGGGAGGAUUUUUACUUUGCGGCCUUCUCUUGAUUCUCGUCGCCAUACCGUUUUUCUCAUUUCCGAAAGUCUUGGUACGUGAAAAAGAAAAAAUUCGAUUAGUUGAAAAAGCAGCUGCGGCUAGUGGCUCUGCGACAACAAAAACUCCACCCAAACCGCAAACCGAUUUUAAGGACACAGGAUAUGGGAAAGAUAUUAAAGACAUCCCCGUAUCGAUGUGGCGCCUACUUAAGAAUCCUGUCUACGUAGUAACCUGCUUGGGUGCUUGCAUGGAGCUCAUGAUAGUCUCCGGUUUCGUCGUGUUCUUACCAAAGUAUCUAGAAACGCAAUUCAGUCUCGGCAAAAGUCAAGCUAGCGUUUUUACCGGUUCAGUCGCUAUUCCCGGAGCGUGUAUCGGUAUCUUCAUGGGCGGAUGCUUAUUGAAGCGCUUGGAGCUUCGGCCGAAGGGCGCGGUACAGUUCGUACUUAUAUCGAACAUUAUCUGUCUGUCCUGUUACGCGCUUUUAUUCUUCCUCGGAUGUGACAAUAUCAAAAUGGCCGGAACCACUAUACCAUAUACAAAUAACAGCAACGUGGAGCCGUUCAAGGUGAACCUGACGGCGGCGUGCAACUUCAACUGCCUGUGCACGGAGACGGACAUGGAGCCCGUGUGCGGCAACAACGGCCUCACGUACUUCUCGCCGUGCCACGCCGGCUGCGCCGCCUUCUCCUCGCGCUCCAACUUCACCAACUGCGCUUGCGUCCACGAGAACAGCCGCGAGGCGCUGGGCGUGGGGGUAGGCGUGGGCGUGGGCGUGGGCGUGGGCGUGGUGGGCGGCGCGUCGGCGUCCGCGCUGACAGCGGGCGCGCUGCACGAGUACAGCGAGGUGACGGUGGUGCCCGUGGCCACGGCCGGCGCCUGCAACCCGCCCUGCACCACCAUCUUCCCCUUCCUCGUGCUGCUGUUCUUCAUGACCUUCGUGGUCGCCAUCACGCAGAUGCCGCUGCUCAUGAUCGUGCUCAGAUCAGUAAGUGAAGAAGAACGGUCGUUUGCAUUAGGAAUGCAAUUCGUUAUAUUCAGACUGUUUGGCUACAUUCCUGCACCUAUUGUCUUCGGAAAUCUUAUCGACUCCACCUGCAUACUUUGGAAGCAAUCAUGCAGCGGCGAAAAGGGAGGUCGUUGUUUACUGUACGACAUCGAGCAGUUCAGAUACAGAUAUGUCGGUCUAUGUGGUGGCAUAAAAAUCGUAGCGUUAGGCAUAUUCCUAGCAGAUUGGUGGCUAGUACGCCGGCGUCGCCAUCUCGAGACGACUCCUCCUCUCGACCCGCACAAGGACAUCGCCGGAUCGAUUAUUAGCCUCGAUAAAUUAUUCGAAGAGCUCCCGUCGGCGGACAACGCCAGCGGCUUCCGGUCGGCGGUGACGUCGGGGCCGAGCUCGGCGACCACGACGCCCCUGGAGCCGCCGCCCGCCGGCCGGCUGCAGCGCGCCGACUCGCAGGAGUCGCAGAGCCGGCCGUGCGCCAGGAGCUCGCGCGUGCUGGUCGCGUCGCGCCACCUGCGCAGCGACUCCAAGACCAUCCAGCUGGAGCCGCGCGCGCGCCAGCACGACGACGCCUUCCCGCGCUCCGCCUCGCGCGACCUCGCGCACGCGCACGCGCACGCGCACUCGCGCUCCGCGUCCCGCGACCUCAGCCUCGAGCAGCUCCGGCAGCUCGCCAUCAAGAGCAUGGAGAGCCUGGACCUCACGGUGCUGCCGCUGGCGCGCUGCGGCGACGAGGAGAGCAAGCGGCUCAUCGACGGCGGCGGCGUGCUGCGCCACCGCCGCACCGGCUCGCGGGACCUCCGCCCGGCCGAGUCCAAGCACAAGCGGACCUCCUCCCAUCACAUCACGAUGGAGCCGAACGAGUUGAGCCUCCAGAUCCAGAAGGGGCGCAGCGUCGACCAACUCUCCGCGUCGCCUCUGGAUCCGCGAGUUUGAGAUAGAUGACCUAAUCUGUAUAUAGCGAAUUAAACGAAUAUUCCUGAAUCUCAACGCCGGGUCGAGGACCGAAAAUCCCGAUGACGUAAAUGAUGGGUGUGAACAUACUUUUAGUAAAAUUGGUUGAUUGAGAACAUCUCAGUGUAACGAUGUGGUAAAUAGUCAAAUAGAAUAAAUAAUUUCUAUAAUCUUCGCUUCACAGACUAUAUCUAAUAAACUUAUAAGAGUAACUACUGGUCGAUAAAACUGUUCAUAGACCUAUACAAAUUAUUUCUUCUAUUAAGCUUAAAAAACUGCAAGUGAUUUCAAACCAUAUCUAAAAUAUAGUUUAUUAACGCUUAUCGUGUUCAGAAUGUAAGUUAUGUCACAGUCGUAAUUGUAAAGUAGUUAAAAUGAAGGGAAUAUAUAUUUUACUUUGUGUUAUAAUCA